AUGUCGGAGACGGCCAACUUCGUUGCUCCCCUAUCCCAAGGGUUCGGCUAUGGCAUCAUCGUCGGAUUAGGAUUUGCAUUCGCCUUGGUAAUGGUCUUUAUUACAUGGGCUCUGAAAAGAUAUCAAUAUGAAGUCCAGACCUCCGAGAUGUUUUCAACUGCAGGAAGAUCCGUGAAGUCAGGUUUGGUAGCUGCUGCGGUCGUAAGCAGCUGGACUUGGGCUGCCACUCUUCUUCAAUCCUCUGCAGUAGCCUACCAGUACGGAGUCUCAGGGCCAUUUUUUUAUGCAUCAGGUGCUUGUGUGCAGAUCAUCUUAUUCGCAACGCUCGCCAUUGAGCUUAAGAGACGAGCCCCGAAUGCACAUACAUUCCUGGAAGUCAUUCGCGCGCGUUAUGGCACUGCCGUUCAUCUGGUCUUCAUUGUUUUCUGCUUGAUGACCAACACUCUCGUCACUGCAAUGCUGCUUACUGGCGGUUCUGCUGUUCUGACGUCCUUGACCGGUGUUCAUACAGUUGCAGCCUGUUUCCUGCUCCCAAUUGGUGUUGUGCUCUAUACUCUCUUCGGCGGUAUCAAGGCAACCUUUAUCACAGACUAUAUGCACACCGUAGUCAUCAUCGUCGUGAUUUUUAUUUAUGCCUUUUCUGCUUAUGCGACCAACGACACCCUCGGAUCUCCGGGUAGCGUCUAUGAUGCCCUGGUUGCGGCAGCUGACCGCCAUCCUGUGGAGGGUAAUGCCCAGGGAAGCUAUCUCACCAUGCGAUCAAAGGAGGGUGGUAUCUUCUGGGUUAUCAACCUUGUCGGAAACUUUGGAACUGUCUUCCUUGACAAUGGCUACUACAACAAAGCUAUUGCUGCACAUCCUGUUCACGCUUUCCCCGGAUAUGUUAUCGGGGGUCUAUGCUGGUUCGCCAUCCCUUGGCUAUGUGCUAGCACGAUGGGAAUAUCUGCGCUUGCUCUUGAGGGCACUCAGCGCAUGAGCUCGGAGGAUGUCACCGCCGGGCUUGUCUUGCCAUUCGCUGCGGUCAAGCUGCUUGGAUACAGUGGAGCAGUCUGCACCACUCUCAUGAUAUUCAUGGCCGUCACAUCAGCUUUUUCGGCUCAGCUCAUUGCCGUCUCUUCUAUCCUGACCUACGAUAUCUACCAGGCCUAUAUCAACCCCUCUGCGAAGGGUAAGAGGCUAGUAUGGGUUUCUCACAUGUCGUGUAUUUUCUGGGCCCUUGCCAUGGCCAGUUUCGCAACCGGCCUCCACUACGCGGGUAUUGGUAUGGGCUACCUUUACUUGCUCAUGGGUGUUAUCAUCUCAUCCGCUGUGUUCCCAGGCGCGAUGACUCUUGUCUGGAAGGCACAGAACUGGAUCGCCGCAGCUGCAUCACCCAUUCUGGGCCUCGCCAUGUCCCUUAUCGCAUGGCUUGUAACUGCUAAGAAGGAAUCUGGUGUGUUGACUGUUGCUACCACAGGCGCAAAUUACCCCAUGCUAGCAGGAAACGUCGCCGCCCUCCUCAGCCCAAUCGUAUUUUCCCCAAUCCUCACCUACGUCUUCGGCCCUCAAAACUACGACUACGAAUCUAUGCGCGCCAUCCGCAAAGUCGACGACACCGACGUCGCAGCCGCCGCCCACGUCGACAUCGAGCUCAUCCCCGGCGAGAGCACUCCCGUCGCCAACGCCGCCGCCAAAGAACAAGAGGAAGAAGAGCGCAAACUCAACCGGGCGGCACUCUACUCACGCACCCUUACCAUCGGCAUGGUCCUGUGCUUCCUGCUCCUGUGGCCGAUUCCCAUGUACGGCAGCUCGUAUGUGUUCAGCAAGAAAUUCUUCACGGGCUGGGUUAUUGUGGGGAUCAUCUGGCUUUUCUGUACGACGGUUGGAGUUGUAAUUUUCCCGCUGUAUGAGGGGAGGGAGAGUAUUGUGCGUACGGUCAGGCUGAUGGCUCUUGAUGCCAUGGGUCGGAAGCCGAGGUAUGAGGGGCAGGAACACGCGCCGUCUGGGGUUGCGACGCCGACGGAGAAAGUGGGGGUUAAGUCUGAUGCUUAA